AUGUUUCUGUCUCUUCCUACGUUGACUGUCCUUAUUCCAUUGGUCUCGUUAGCAGGGCUGUUAUACUCGGCCUCCGUGGAAGAAAACUUCCCACAGGGCUGCACUAGCACAAGCAGCCUGUGCUUUUACAGUCUGCUCUUGCCGAUCACCAUACCCGUUUAUGUGUUCUUCCACCUUUGGACUUGGAUGGGUAUUAAACUCUUCAGGCAUAAUUAAUACAACCAGAGCCAAGAUGGUAUAUCCUAAUGAUAGGCUUGAGUGUCUGCCUCUGAAAGCUCAACUACAUGGAAAUACUGGACACCCACUUAAUGUGCAAGAAAGAUGCUUUGCCUAGCUUCUGUCAGAGGUUUAGGAUUAGGGGAGGCUUAAGCUGCAGAGGCUUCUUUAUUGUACUUUGGUUCUGCCCUUGUUUUUUGAAGGUUCUUAUUUAUACCUGGGGUAUCAGGAGAAACAUUUCAACAGAGUGUCUUGUUGGAAAUUAAUAGCCCCAGCCAUCAUCUGAUGACUUUAUGUCUUAUCCCAUUCAUAAUUAAAAGUUACUAAUUUGA